GCUGUAAAUGUUUCCACAAAUUAAAUUAAAAGAAAAUGAAGGCAGGUAAAGAAAAUUAAUAAUUUAUGAGCUACUUGGUCCAAGUAAUAUACUUAACAAAGACCAAAAACUACAAACCUUAAAUUUUGUAACAAAAGUUCAAUUAACAAAUACUUAAAAAAAUUCUUCUUCUUUGCUUCAACCUUUGGAAAGAUCGAAGAGGUACUAAACACUAAUGGCACUAUAAGUACAAUGAAAGUUUCUCACAACUCUAUAACGUUUUUGUUGACAAGAUCAAAUUAAAAUAUAAGAGAAAAGAUCAACAUGGAAGCUGCUUCUUGUGAUGAACAUGGAAACUUCCAGCCUUACCGAACUUCCUUCCAUUUUCAAGCUCAUAAUAAUUGGCUCAACGAUCCGAACGGGCCAUUGUACUACAAAGGAUUCUACCAUCUGUUCUACCAACACAACCCUUUGAAUCCAUUUUUCGGUGAUAUUAUGGUAUGGGGACACUCUGUUUCACAAGAUUUAGUCAACUGGAUCAAACUAGAACCAGCCCUUUCUCCCUCAGUUCCCUCUGACAUCAACAGCUGCUGGUCAGGAUCCACCACCAUCCUCCCUGAAGGCAAACCUGUAAUUUUGUACACCGGAAGCGACACCAAUAAACAUCAGGUCACAGUUCUUGCUGAGCCUAAGGAUCCUUCCGACCCUUUGCUUCGUGAAUGGGUAAAACCUAAAGGCAAUCCUGUUAUGGUUCCACCUAGUAACGUCCCGGUUGAUUGUUUCCGUGACCCAACGACGGCGUGGCAAGGGCAUGAUGGGAAGUGGAGAGCGCUUGUAGGAGCUAAGGAGAAAGAUAGUAACAAAGGAAUGGCGAUUUUGUACCACAGUGAUGAUUUUGUGCAAUGGACAAAGUUUCUAGUGCCUUUACUUGAGUCACAAGUCACCGGAAUGUGGGAGUGUGUGGACUUUUUCCCUGUUGCGGUCACUGGUAAAGAGGGUUUAGAUACUUCGGUGAAUAAUUCUAGUGUGAGGCAUGUGUUAAAGGCAAGUUAUGGAGGCAAUGAUUGCUAUGUCAUUGGCACAUACUCUUCAGAGACUGAUGUAUUUUCUGCGGAUUCCGAGUUUACUAACACAGCUGAAGAUCUGAGAUAUGAUUAUGGCAAUCUGUUUGCGUCCAAGGCUUUCUUUGAUAGUGCUAAGAAUCGAAGGAUCUCAUGGGGAUGGAUUAUGGAAAGAGAUAGCAAUGAAGAUGAUAUUGUCAAAGGAUGGGCUGGAAUUAUGGCUAUUCCAAGGGAGAUUUGGCUGGAAAAAAGUGGAAAGAAGCUGAUGCAGUGGCCAGUUGAAGAAAUCAACAAUCUCAGAGCCAAAAAUGUUAGCUUGGAUAGCAAGCAACUCGAAGGCGGCUCCAUCCUUGAGAUAUCUGGCAUUACUGCUUCACAAGCCGACAUAGAAGUAGCUUUUGAUCUACCUGAUCUAGAAAAUGAUACCGAGGCUUUGGAUUCAGAGGAAGUUGAUCAAGCGACUAUAAUCGAUGGUUAUAGCGCAUCGGUUAAAGGUUUUUAUGGACCUUUUGGAUUGUUAGCAUUGGCUAGCAAUGAUUUAUCAGAGCACACUGCAAUCUUCUUUAGAGUUAUUCGUCGUGGGAAUGGAUAUGCGGUUUUAAUGUGCAGCGAUGAGAGCAAGUCUUCCUUGAGAGACAACAUAGAAAAAGCUACCCUUGGAACAUCCUUAGACAUUGAUCCAAGACAUGAGAAGAUAUCAUUAAGAUGUUUGAUUGAUCACUCGGUUAUAGAGAGCUAUGGGGGAGGAGGAAGAAGUGUGAUAACAUCUAGGGUUUAUCCGAAAAUGGCAAUUGGUGAAGAAGCUAGGCUUUACGUGUUCAAUCAUGGAACAAAGGCUGUGACCAUGUCAUCUUUGGAAGCUUGGAGCAUGAGAAAAGCCCAAAUCAAUUCAAACGAAACCUAAUUAGCGAAAUGUUUGUAAUGACUGCAAUAUCCUAUCUUUGGACAACCAAAAUGAGCAAGAUGUUUUAUCAUUUCUUAUGACUGUUGAAAUGUGUAAGAUUUAUGUGAGUAAAGAGAUAUUAAAGUGUGGAUUUUAUGUCACUUCUCAGAGUUGUGGUGGAGAUGUGUCAAGAUCAUUAGAAAAGAUAAACUGCAUACAUUAAUCUAUACACUAGUCUUUCAGUAUACUUUAAAUUGUGGCCAUUGUAACUCAUCAGCACUUAUGUUGCCUUUAAUCAUUUCGUUUCUUUCGGUAUACCACUUUCUAAUCUUGUCGUUAUUAUAUAUAACGUUUGAGCAUUACAUCACCCGACCCUCAUUGGUUAUUGCCACUCUUUUUUUCAAUUAUUAAACACAUCGAUCGAAAUCAUGUGGUUACCAAAGUUGGUCUAGCUUUUCUCUUGCCUAUAUACUUUGAUUGGUGAUAUGCCGUUGCUGCGGUUAGAGCACAAAAGCAACGACUGUAUUAGAAAAACUAGAGUAACUAUUGUCUGAGUUAAACAAAGAAGAGAAGAAAUGAUCAUUAACUCAUAAAAACGGUCGAUGCUUCAAAAUAAAAAGCAACUUGUUUUCCUUAAAGGCUGACCAAAACCCACCACUGAGGAGCUCCUAAAUCUAAGGGUAGGUUUGUUUUUAGUUGAAAUUUGAAAUUUGUUGUUCAAAAUAAAAUAUUGUUAUCUGUAAAUAUAAAACAUGGUUAACAUUAGAAAAUGUCACAAUUAGAGAAAAUUUAAACCCAAGAUAAAAACAUUUAACGCAUAAACAUAACUAUCCUCUCAAAACUCCUAUAAGCUUGGGUACAUGGUGUUACCGACGAGAUGAUUCAGCUGCGAAAUAACUUCUUAAUUCGGUAUGAGUAGUUGAGAGAUACUAUUUGUUACUACUAACUUUUGAUGAAUUUUAUUCUUAAUACAAAAAUUAAUUAAUGAAUUACCCAAUAAAUAUGUGUGAGUUGCAAAUCAAUCAAUCAAAAACCAUAAAAUAAUGUAGCGCGCGGUAUUGAAGAAUCCGACGGCAGUGAUUGUGCAAUAAUUGCGAGUGACACCUACUUUCAGAGCCUAAAGAUUCUUGGGAGAGAAUACAUAUACUCAAUUACCCAAACUGUUCAAAGGAAAGAUAGUAGUCAGAUUCCGUGGUAAUCAAUGGAUUCUAGAAUAUUCCCUCCACGUUAAAUAUCGUUUUAAAAAAAAACUUCAUUACAAAAUAAGUGUCGUUUUCGAUUUUCAAUGCAAAAUUUAUUAAUUUUAUGCAAAAUUUAUUUUUCUAUUAGUUAAAAUAUGGUUAAGUGUAUAGGUAAUAGUAUUUUUUAACAUUAUAAAUGUCGUUUUAGGUUUCGGCACACGGAUUAAGAAAACUUUAUUAACUUCGAGGUCACUAUUUAAAUAAAGAACGGUCAUCGAUGACCUAUUGUACUGCUAAUGACUCCUUUUCACUUCAGUUUGCUUCCCUAGAUUAACCCAAAAAUGGCCAAAUCAGUACUUUAUGUUAAUUAAUCAUCAUAGAUAAUUGGAGUAUUACUUGAAAUAUCAUGAUCAAUCGGAUUCUUCACAUCAACACAAUUUUCAUAUUUUCAACCCACAUCAACAUUAUACAAUUCAAUACGGAAAUUAAAGAAAUAUGGAAAUAAUUUACAAAUCUGAUAAUUUAUGAUGAAAUAAAUCACACACGUGAUAAUCUAAAACAACAUGAACUUAAGUGGUGAAAGAUAUUAAAAAAAAUUACACAAGGGAAAACGAAAAGUACAUUUUAAUGUUUCAGAAUCAAGAACAGAAAGAGUAGUAGAUCAUGAGAUUUACAGUGGAUAUUAUUACCAGAUUUUCUUAAAUAGUUAUAAGU